GUUGGAUUGCUUUCUCAGUCUUUCCUUUUGUAAGAUUCAUUCCUGAGGCCUUUGCUACUCGACUCCCAUAUUCAAUCGUUAUGAAGUUUCUCGCCCUUUCUGUAGCUGCCUUGAUUUCCAGCGCGACCGCCUUUGCACCGACCUUUCGGGGAAGUCCGGCGUCCACGACGGCCUCCACCACGUCUCUGGCUGCGCGCAAACCCUUCAUUUCGGGAAACUGGAAGCUCAAUCCGCAAACCAAGUCGGAAGCCGUAGAUUUGGCCUCAAAUAUUGCUGCCGCCAUUACCUCCGAUUCGCCCGAUGCCGACGUCGCUCUCUUUGUCCCCUACGUCUUUAUCGAAGCCGCACAGGAAGCUACCGGCGGCAAGCUCGCGAUUGGAGCCGAGGGUGUUUGCCCGCAAAUCCAAGGAGCCUUCACCGGAGCCGUCUCGGCCAGCAUGCUCCAGUCCAUUGGCGUGCAGUGGGCCCUGGCUGGUCAUUCGGAGCGUCGGGUAGUCUUUGGCGAAACGGACGAAUAUAUCAACGGCCAAUGCUUGAAACUCAUUGAACUCGGCAUGUCCGUCAUGCUCUGCAUUGGCGAAUCCGAAUCGGAAUACGAACAAGACCUGGCUGGACCCGUGUGUGCCGUUCAACUUAAGAAAGGCCUAGCCGGUAUUCAAAAGGAAGAUUUGAGCCGGGUGGCGAUUGCUUACGAACCCGUCUGGGCCAUCGGUACGGGCAAGGUGGCGACGCCGGAGAUUGCGCAGAGCGUGCACGCCAAGUGCCGCGCCGUCUUGGCAGAAAUGUACGGACCGGAAACCGCCGAUGCCACCCGCAUCCUGUACGGAGGUAGCGUGACACCCGAGUCCGUCGACGACUUGAUGGCCAUGCCGGAUAUCGACGGAGCUUUGGUGGGGGGAGCGUCCCUGGAUGCGGCCAAGUUUGGACGUAUCAUCAACUUUCAGUCCAAAUAG